CUGCAAUAGGAGAUGCUACCACAUUACUCGCAAAUCCUUUGUCUUGUUAGUCGAGCGGGAUGGUUUAGUUUUCUUAAGUAUCGCCGCUCUCUGCUUAAAUCGUUGGCUUUGAAGUCGUGCUAUCUUCAGUGAUUGAUGCUUGUACCUGUAUAAUCUUGCCUCUACUACUUUCCGUUUGCAGUCAUGGGUUUCUCUGAGCGUUGGAGGGCUCGCCUCAAUGAUAUCGUUUCCCAAUCUCCCGUUGGGCGAUACUUCCAUCUCGAGGGAUCUGGUCACCCCAAUGAAAUUCGAGGUGCCAGGUUUACCACCGAGAUGCGUGCAGGUCUGACGACCUUCUUCACCAUGGCAUACAUCAUCGCUGUGAAUGCCUCUGUGCUCACUGACUCCGGAGCCACUUGUGUCUGCGACGACCCUGUCGACCCUACCUGCAGCACAAACGAGGCAUAUUCUCUUUGUCUUAUCGAGGUCAACCGUGAUCUCGUAACUGCUACCGCCGCCAUCUCUGCCAUCGGGUCCUUUCUCAUGGGCCUCCUUGCCAACCUCCCCGUUGCUGUCGCCCCUGCUAUGGGUCUGAAUGCCUACCUCGCCUACCAGAUUGUUGGAUAUCACGGAACUGGUCCGAUCAACUUCCGCCUCGCUAUGAUGGCAGUAUUCGUCGAAGGUUUCAUCUUUGUCGCUCUCUCCCUCUUCGGCAUCCGCCAGUGGCUCGCCCGUAUCAUCCCUGCCUCCAUCAAGAUAGCCUGUGGUGCUGGCAUUGGUCUCUUCCUCACCUUGAUCGGUCUCUCGUACUCUGCGGGUAUCGGUGCCAUCACCGGAUCCAAAGCCACUCCCCUUGAGCUUGGAGGUUGCCCCGUGGAGUACCUUGACCCAGACACUGGGUCAUGUGUCUCUCACAAGGCGACCUCUCCCACGAUGUGGCUCGGAUUCCUCAUCGGUGGGGUUUUCACCUCCAUACUCAUGACCUACAAGAUCCGUGGCUCCAUGAUUGUAGGAAUUGCUCUAGUGUCCAUCUUCUCCUGGCCUCGCGACACCCACGUCACUUACUUCCCCCGCACUACACUUGGAGACAACCGUUUUGAGUUCUUCAAGAAUGUAGUCGCCUUCCAUCCAAUCAAGAACGUUCUCGCCGUCCAAGACUGGAACCUCUCUACCGUCGACGGGAAUAUUGGCCAGUUCGUGCUCGCCGUCUUCACUAUGUUGUACGUCGAUCUUCUCGAUGCUACUGGUACUCUAUACUCCAUGGCUCGCUUCUCCGGUGUCGUCGACCCAGACACAGGCGACUUCCCACGCAGCACCAUUGCCUACUGUGCUGAUGCGGUUGCCAUCUCGAUUGGCUCGCUAUUUGGAUCCUCGCCCGUCACCGCGUUCGUCGAGUCUGGCGCCGGUAUCCAAGAAGGCGGUCGCACCGGUCUCACUGCAAUGACCACUGGCAUCUGCUUCUUCAUCUCCCUCUUCUUCGCGCCCGUCUUCGCUUCCAUCCCCCCUUGGGCCACUGGCGGUGCCCUAGUUCUCGUGGGCUGCAUGAUGAUGCGUGGUAUCACAGCCAUCAACUGGAACUACCCCGGCGACGCCAUCCCCGCCUUCGUAACCGUCAUGUUCAUGCCGUUCUCAUACUCCAUCGCGUACGGCCUUGUCGCCGGUAUCAUGUGCUACGCCAUCAUCAACACAUCUACAUGGGUUCUCGGCGCCAUCUCCGGCGGCCGUUGGCUUCCUCCUGAUUAUGAAAACAAGGAGUACUGGAGCUUCCGCUCUGAUUCUCCCGGCGCCCAGCCGUGGUUCAUCCGCGCUCUCAAGGGCGACAAGCGGUUCUGGAAACCCGAGAGCCUCUCGUUUGAGCUGCAGUCCCAAGAGGCAAUUCCUAAGAGCUAGAUGUUUACUUUUUGUGCUGCGAUCAUGACAUGAAUUCACGUUGUAUAUAUUUUUAAUGUGGCUAGUCGUAAUGUGAAGAAUGGAGAGAAUACCAACCCCAUUGCAUACCCC